AAACUACACUACCAUCACUCCUUGUUUUUUUUAUUGUUUCAAAACACAGACACAAAAAAAAAAAACCUACUCAAAGUAAAGGGUCUAUAUAGAUAGAGAAAGUGUCAUUGUUUGUGUCUUGUGUGUGUAGUAGUGAGAGAAGAGUAAGAGAGAGAAACUUAAAGAAAGAGAGAGAGAAAGUCUUUGGAAAAAGACAAACUUUCAACUUCACUACUUACACACACUCUUAACUCACACCACACCCCCAUAAAACACAAACUACAGUAAGAUGGUUGUGCUGUGCAACUAGUUGCUUAUGUAACAACUAUGGUUUUGGUUUGUGUUAUUUGUACUAACUGAUAAAGUUUGACUCUUCUUUAUUGUGUGUGUUGAAACUUUGAAAGCAGUUUCUGAACUCAGAACUCAGAAGUGAAGUAACCAAGAGAAAGAUUUAUGCUUUCAUGGGAACAUGAGAAAGAAACAUACACACACUCACACUCAUCUUUUGUUUGGUAGGUAGGGCUUUUGUGUGUAGUUGAGAAGAAAAAAAGCAAACUUUUCUUGAGAAAGAUAGAUAUACACUAAAAAAAACUGAAUUUUUUCAUUUGGGUCUAGCUAGUUUUUUUCUUUUGAAACAAUCAUGGAUGGUUAUGAAGCUACUAAGAUAGUUUUUUCAAGGAUCCAAAACAUGGACCCUGAAAAUGCUUCAAAAAUAAUGGGUUUACUUCUUCUUCAAGACCAUGGUGAGAAAGAAAUGAUUAGGUUAGCUUUUGUACCUGAAUCACUUCUUCAUUCAGUGAUUUUCAAAGCUAGAAAUGAGUUAGGAAUAUCUUUGAAUUCUCCAUCAACACCUCAAUCACCUUCACCUUUUCAUUCAAGUAACCCUGUCCCUAUUUCAAGACAAAAUUCAAACUCUUCAAGACUCAUAAACAGUGGAAUGACCCUUCCUUCUAAUCUUAGUAUCCCAAAUCCAAAUUCAGCUUCUUGGGCUACUUUAUCUGAACUUCAAAACCAUGAUGAUUCUCCUUCCAUGAACAAUUCUUCACCCUUUUAUGGAAAUGGAGGAGUUGGUAAUGAUUCAAUUGAUGAGUUUCACCUUCAAGACCAACUCUCUUUCCUCAAUGAUGGAAAGAAUUCAGAUUUGUUUUACUCUCAGUCAGAGUUAUCUUCUAGUCCUAGUAAUGGUGGAAGUGUUGGUAAUGGUGUUGACCCUUCAUUUUUUCCAUCAUAUGGUUAUGGAGGAGGUUCAGUUCAUAGAAGGAGUUGUUCUGUGAAUGAUGCUGCAUGUUUGGUUUCUGAGGAUCCUAAUUCUGGUUUAGGUUGGAAACCUUGUCUUUACUAUGCUAGAGGUUACUGUAAGAAUGGUACUAGUUGUAGGUUUCUUCAUGGUGGAUUUGGAGAUGGUGGUGAAGGUGUUCCUUCAAUGGAUGGUUCUCCUAAUAAGAUUGAAAUGAUGGAUCAGUGUCAUGAACAGCUUCUUAGAUCUAAAUCUCUUCAACAACAAAGACUUGCUGCAGCUUCUCAGCUUAUGGCUACUUCACCUUUUCCUUACUCACCUAAGUCAAUGAGUUUGCUUCUUCAGCAGCAACAACUAAGUGAUAGUCAAAGAGCUGCUGCAGCUGCACUUAUAAUGAAUGAAGAUUUGCAGAAAUUUGGAAGGUCAAGGUUAGAAAGAAAUGAUUUUUCUUUGAACAAUAUUGGAAUGAUGAAUCCAGCUUCUAGGCAGAUAUACUUGACUUUUCCAGCUGAUAGUACUUUCAAAGAGGAAGAUGUUUCAAACUACUUCAGCAUUUAUGGACUUGUUCAAGAUGUGAGGAUUCCAUAUCAGCAAAAGAGGAUGUUCGGAUUUGUUACCUUUGUUUAUCCGGAGACGGUGAAACUCAUUUUAGCUAAAGGAAACCCUCAUUUUGUUUGCGAUGCUAGAGUGCUUGUUAAGCCUUACAAGGAGAAAGGCAAAGUCCCGGACAAGUACAGAAAGCAUCAACAAAUGGAAAGAGGAGACUUUUCUCCUUGCGGUACUCCUACUGGACUCGAUGGUAGAGAUCCAUUUGAUCUUGGGGGGAGAAUGUACUACAACACUCAAGACAUUCUUUGGAGGAGGAGGUUAGAGGAACAAGCUGAUUUGCAGCAAGCACUUGAGGCUCAAAGCAGAAGACUUAUGAGUCUUCAACUCCUCGACAUCAAAAAGCAGCACCAGCGUGCACUUUCAUCGGGAAGUCCAAUUCCAUCCCCAACUCACUCACCUAAUAUGUUCAAUCACAAUUUCCCAUUUUCUUCAUUUCACAGCAGCUCAGAAAGCCAAGAGGAGAAUGGUUCGGGUUCGGGCUCAGGUUCUGCUAGCACUGCAUCAAUUCCUGUUGAUCAACAAGUCAACAUUUCUGUUGGCAAAGAAGCAGCAGUCAAUGGAGGAGAAAAUGGAAAUAGUGAUGCAAGUGGCAAACAAAGCUCAAAUCAUGAAGAAAGUGAUUUACAAGAAUGCUUGGAGCAUAAUCUCCCUGAUAGCCCUUUUGCUUCCCCUACUAAAGCUAUUGGUGACUACAUGGCUGCUUUCAACAAUGGACCUAAUGAGACCAAUGAUUCAGAUGCAUCUGCCAAUUCCAAAUUUAGUACUAACACACUUCUUCCAUCAUCAUCUUCCCUUGACAUGGGAUCUUUCAAAUCCUAUAACUGCCAAAUACCAAGGUUCUCUUCUGGCCAUGGAACCAUCGGAAUGAUCGCCGGCACCGGUGGACCAAUUGGCAUUUAGCAUUUAAUUUUCUCUGGUCCAGGAAGAGAAACAUGACAAAACAAUCCUGGACAUGAAAACAAAAAAUCUUGUAGAGAAUCACCACCACUGAUGCCAUCACCAUCAAUCAUCAAUACUAUACUAAUUACUUCCAUACAAAAUGCAUACUUCAAAAGCAGUUCAGUAAAGGAAGUGGGACAUGCAUUCCCUUUCUUUUCUCCUUAUAUCAUAAUUAUCAUUGUACUAUUUUCACUUCUCAUUUUCUGUAGUAAGCUGAACCACAGGUUAAAAAGAAACAAUAGCAAAAGAAUCAAGCUAAGAGAGUGAAUAUCUAGUAGUAGUAUUAGUAGUAGUAAAAAGUAACAAAAUCUUUCACCUUUUCCUUGCUUUUUUUUACCUAAGUUUGAUGUAUUAGUCUUUUAGUUUUAUAUUAGAAGGGUAAUUUUCAAGAUCAUAGAGAAGAUUUGUUGUAUAACUACUUGAAGGCUGAUUCAAAAUAUGAUGAUAAGUAACUUUAGAUUGAAGAGCAAAGGAGAGGUGGAAGUUAUAAUUAUGAGUAGUUUUUUUUUGGUAAAGAUUAUAAUUAUUAGUCUUAGCUUUGUUGAAUUUCAAAAAAGGAGAUUUAUAGCACUUUUAUUUUAAUGUUUGCA